AUGGCUUCUUCAACCCAACAUUGUGCAAUCAAUGAUUGUAAACGACCAUGUCGAGCGUUGUGUUUAUGUUGUGAUCAAUAUUUAUGUCGUGACCAUCUCAAUGAACAUGACACUUUAAUCAAUGCACAAAUUCCAUUGUUAAUGGAUCAAAUCAAUUCACUUUCAGAUCAAUUUAAUCAUGACGAUGGAUCGGAAUUCGCUUUUCUGAAAGAUUUGGAGCAAUGGCGUGAAAAUGCUCAUCGAGCUGUCGAUCAAUUCUAUGAAAAAAACCUUCAACAAUGUCAACAAAUCAUUGAAAUCAAAAGGAACAAGCAGAAAAAAGAAUUUGAUCAGAUGAAGUUGAAUUUCAAUGAAUUAGUUCAACAACAAGACGCAACAAAACAACAAAUCGACUCCAUGAAACAAUCGAUUCAAUUCUUCGAACAGAGUAUCAAAGAACUCCCAUAUUUCCAUCUGAAUAUCAAUCCAUUGGCAAUUGAUGACAAUCUGAUUAUUCUUCCAACAGAAAAUCAUCAAAACACAAGUUUUACCUUUCCAAAUAAAAGAUCUUCCCACACCGAAGAUAGAUCAACACGAUGGGAAGUUGAACAACAAUCUCGUGGAAUCACAGAUUCAAUGAAGAUCAAUAUUUUGAAUACCAUGAGCGUUUUGAUUGAUACUCAUGGACCAUCUAGUAUCGGAAAUCUUAUCAAAGAUAUGCAAAAUUGGCUAAAUGAAUCUUUUGGAAAACAUUGGAUCGUUCAAAUUAUUGAUCAACGACAAAAACAUUCUUCUCAAACGAUCUAUCCAAUCGAAUCUUUACAAGUGAAAGAAACACGAUUAAGAUGGACUAUUGGGAUUUUUAAACACAAAGGUUAA